ACGGUUAUAAACUGAGAACUUUGUCUCAUCCUCAUCGCCUCGACCAAACUUUCCACUCCAACGGACCAUCCGAGGCCUGAGACUAUUUCGGCGGGCCCAUACGCCAAACUCAUGACCCGACCCCGUAGCCCAGAAGACAAUGAACCCGAAUCCCAGGCUCGAAAGCCCGCCGGAUCCACCGCGAUGCGCCUCGUAGUGCCUCUACAGGGUGUAGUCCAAGGUAGCGGAGGUCUUAUAUUGGGCUCUCUCAUCCCUUACGCCCUCUUCUACUUUUUCCAGCUCUACGUUAAGCGGCACCGUUCUCCCAGGUCCGACUCGAACCCAACAUCGCCGUCUCAGUCCUCGUCCAACCUCGCUGAGCUCCCACGCUCAUCCUCGCGGUCCAAUUUAUCGUCCCGAGGGUCCAUACGACGCGUCCGAGUCUCUUCUAGGGCGAGCUCGAUUGCGAGACCGAACGACUCGCCAUAUUAUAUCGGGUUGGAUAAGGUUUCGGAGGAUGCUUAUGACAGGUUCGAUAACCCCAAUGGCAUUAUCCUAUUUGGGUUGUCGGAAAACAGACUGUGUUUUGAUUUGAUUGAGAAAUGGCUUUCGGAGAACUUGAAGGAUUCAGUAAUUGGAAGUCACGGCGGUUAUUUGAGUAUUAGUGGAAUCGUAGCGUACCGACCGUUCGAUGGAUUAAUGGAGUUGAAAGGGGCAAUGGCAGGUUUCAUGUCUCAGGUAAUGGGAGGAGCAGUCUCAUUUGACCCAUCACAGAUGGUGUUGACCUGUGGUGCAACUCCUGCUCUUGAGAUGCUAUGCUUCUGCUUAGCAGACCCAGGAAAUGCAUUUCUUGUACCCACGCCUUAUUAUCCUGGUUUUGACAGGGACAUGAGUUGGCGCACUGGAGUGGAACUAAUACCAGUUCACUGUCGCAGAACUGACAACUUCAUUAUAAGUAUCGGCGCUCUAGAUCAAGCAUUUAAUCAGGCAAGAAAACGUGGAGUAAAAGUUCGUGGGAUUCUCAUCUCUAAUCCUGCAAAUCCUGUUGGCAAUUUGCUACCUCGGGAAACACUUGACAGUCUUUUAGAUUUUUCGCAAGAGAAGAACAUCCAUAUUAUAGCUGAUGAAAUAUUUGCGGGGUCUAUGCAUGGAACCAAGGAAUUUGUAAGCAUGGCUGAAGUUCUUGAUUCGAAAGAUAUUGACAAAACUAGAAUUCAUAUAGUAUAUGGUCUAUCAAAAGAUCUCUCUCUUCCCGGAUUUAGAGUUGGGGCGAUCUAUUCCUUUAACGACAGUGUUUUGGUUGCCGCUAAAAGGUUAACGAGGUUUUCUUCAAUUUCUGCUCCAACCCAGCGGCUGCUAACUUCAAUGCUCUCAGAUACCAGAUUCACUCAGGCAUAUAUUAAGACCAACAAAAAGAGGAUACGGGAAAUGCAUGAUUUGUUUGUGGCAGGUUUGAAACAAUUAGGAAUCGAGUGUACACUGAGUAGUGCUGGUUUAUAUUGUUGGGUUGAUUUGAGUGGAUUAAUUCCCUCUUAUAGUGAGAAAGGGGAACUUGAUUUAUGGGAAAAGCUGUUGAAUAUUGCUAAGAUCAAUGUAACUCCGGGGUCUGCUUGUCACUGCAUAGAACCGGGAUGGUUCCGAUGUUGUUUUACUUCUUUAUCUGAAGAGGAUAUUCCUAUAGUUAUAGAACGGAUCCGGAAAGUUGCUGAAACUUGCAAAUCUUCAAGUUGAAAUACCGUGGUAGAAACAGCUAAUUCAGUAGUUUUCACAUUGACACCUUACAAAAGUUUAUCAGAAAUAUGAGUUCAGCUGUCUUUUAGUUAUCAUAGAGUUGAAAUUUACAUUGCAGAUUUAGUAAAUUUUUUUGCACUGUCAAGUCCCAGAAAUGAGAAUUAUAAUGAUUUUCGAAGAGAAACUGAAGGGAAGGAACUGAAUGCAGAAAUGUUGGGCCACAAGGUAGGUAGAAGUUUUCUAUGUCACUUUCAAUAUCGGCAAGUGCUUCCUCUUCCUAUACAGUGCUUCGAUCAUCUUGCUGCCAGAUUUGUAAAUGAAGCAUCCGAAAGCACCUUUCUUUGUCAAUUCCUGUCAUAGUUGCAUUCAGACAAGAGUAAAAGUUGUUUUGCACUCCUUGUUCAAAUAGGGGAUAGAUAACAUUUGCUUUUUCUCUCUUUUUGGGUUGGAAGGAAUUGACUACUUUUUUGGUAAAAUCUUGCUGUAUUUUUUUCUUGGUUAAACAUACUUACCAAUUGUUGUUCAAUAGUAGGCUAAUGCCUAGAUUAAUGAUAAACAAAAUUGAAGCAA